AUGAUAAAGAAAGAAAAACAACUGAUUCUUUGUUCAGCCCCACCACUAUAUUUAAAUGUUCAAAUAGAAUUUGCCAACAACAAAUUAAGUUUAGUUUUUCAUUUUCAUGAUUUCUUUUUCUCACUUAUUGAUUUUUUUCUUUCAACAUUUUAUUGUACAUUUCUUUUCAAACCAUUAAAUUUUUUAUUCUUAUUUUUGUACAUAUUAUUUAAUUAUUUUACUAUCCUUUCUUUUGAUAGAUGUCUGCUUGUAGAUUUUAAUUCCUAUUUUUCUUUCCUUUCUUUCUUUCUUUUUUGUUUUUCUUUCAUUUUUUAUUUCUCUCUCUUAUACCAUUUCUUUCUUUCUUUCUUUCUUUCUUUCUUUCUUUUCCACUCAUCUUUACUUCUUUCUAAUCAUUUGUUAGCAAUCAAUCAAUUUCUGUCUCAAUUUUUGUAUAUUUUUCUUUUCUUCUCCCACUCUCUCUCUCUUCUUUUUUUCUCUGUUCACCUGAUUUCUCUGUUUUCUUCUAUUUUUCUACCUUUCUCACUCUCACUUUUUCCUCUAUUUAUACCUCUGUAUCUCUACUUCUCUUUCAUAACCACUUUCUUUCUCUUUGUACAGAUUCAUUUCCUCCCACUCUUCCACCCAUCUCUCUUCUUUUAUCCCUUUUUUCUUUUUAAAAUAGUUUCUUCUUCCUAUCUUUUCUUUGCUUUCCUUUGUCUUUUUUCUUUUUCCCUUCUUUCAAACUUGCUUUUGCAAUAUUUUCUUUCUUUUUUCUUUCCUUCUAGGUUUUUUGUUUCUUUCAAUUCUACGAAUUCAGGAUAUUUUCUUUCUUCUUUUCUAAUUCUUUCAUUUUUCUUUCAUUUCAACCCAAAAUUCACAUCAUUUUUCUUUAAUGCUUCUUUCCCUUUAUCUUAA